GUUUACACUUGGUUCCUUCCAGCCCACCCGCUCUCCCCCUUGCACCAAGAUGGCGGCAGAAGGAGCUGGUGGGAAAUACAGAAGCACAGUCAGCAAAAGCAAAGACCCCUCGGGGCUGCUCAUCUCUGUGAUCAGGACCCUGUCUACCAGCGAUGACGUUGAAGACAGAGAAAACGAGAAGGGGCGCCUCGAAGAAGCCUAUGAGAGGUGUGACCGUGACCUGGAUGAACUCAUUGUACAGCACUAUACAGAACUGACGACGGCUAUCCGCACGUACCAGAGCAUCACGGAGCGCAUCACCAGCUCCCGAAACAAAAUAAAGCAGGUAAAAGAGAAUCUGCUUUCAUGCAAGAUGCUGUUGCACUGCAAACGAGACGAGCUUCGGAAGCUGUGGAUUGAAGGAAUUGAACAUAAGCAUGUUCUGAACCUGCUGGAUGAAAUCGAGAAUAUCAAGCAAGUGCCUCAAAAGCUGGAACAGUGCAUGGCCAGCAAGCACUAUCUCAGUGCCACCGACAUGCUGGUGUCCGCAGUCGAAUCUUUGGAGGGCCCACUGCUCCAGGUGGAAGGACUGAGUGACCUCAGGCUGGAGCUGCACAGCAAGAAGAUGAACCUCCACUUGGUUCUCAUAGACGAGCUGCAUCGGCACCUGUACAUCAAAUCCACUAGCCGAGUUGUGCAGCAGAACAAGGAAAAAGGGAGGAUGAGCUCCCUGGUGAAGGACGCUUCUCCUGUCCCUCUGCUUGAUGUCACAAACCUUCCUACACCUCGGAAAUUCCUUGAUACCUCUCAGUAUUCUACUCCUGGAAGCUCCAGUGUGAAGGAAAUGAGCCUCCAGGACAUCAAGGAGGAUUUGGAGUUGGAUCCAGAGGAGAACAGCACCCUUUUUAUGGGCAUCCUCAUCAAGGGGCUGGCCAAACUGAAGAAGAUCCCAGAGACAGUGAAGGCAAUCACAGAACGCUUGGAGCAGGAACUUAAGCAAAUCGUGAAGAGGUCUACAACCCAGGUGGCCGACAGUGACUAUCAGAGGGGAGAGAACCUUACGGCUGAGAACCAGCCAAGGCUACUUCUAGAACUGCUGGAGUUGCUGUUUGACAAGUUUAACGCUGUAGCCACGGCGCACUCUGUGGUCCUGGGAUACCUGCAAGAUGCUGUGCUGACUCCACUGAGUCAGCAGGAAGAUGUCAAAUUGUAUGACAUGGCAGAUGUGUGGGUGAAGAUCCAAGAUGUUCUGCAGAUGCUGUUGACUGAGUACUUGGAUAUGAAAAAUACACGUACAGCCUCUGAACCAUCAGCUCAGCUCAGUUAUGCCAGCAGUGGACGCGACUGUGCAGCCUUUUUUGCCAAGAAGAAACCUCAAAGGCCAAAAAAUUCUCUUUUCAAGUUCGAGUCCUCCUCCCACGCCAUCAGCAUGAGUGCCUACUUGCGAGAACAGAGAAGGGAGCUGUACAGUCGGAGUGGAGAGCUUCAAGGGGGACCUGAUGACAACUUAAUUGAAGGUGGAGGAACAAAAUUUGUUUGCAAACCUGGAGCCAGGAACAUUACCGUCAUAUUCCAUCCAUUACUAAGAUUUAUUCAAGAGAUAGAGCACGCCCUGGGACUUGGUCCUGCCAAACAGUGUCCUCUUCGAGAGUUUCUCACCAUGUACAUCAAAAACAUCUUCCUCAAUCAGGUCUUGGCUGAGAUCAACAAGGAGAUCGAAGGAGUCACGAAAACAUCUGACGCCCUGAAGAUCCUGGCUAAUGCAGACACCAUGAAAGUGCUGGGGGUGCAGCGGCCUCUCCUCCAGAGCACAAUCAUUGUGGAGAAGACAGUACAAGACCUCAUGAACCUGAUGCACGACUUGAGUGCCUACUCAGAUCAGUUCCUCAACAUGGUGUGCGUGAAGCUGCAGGAGUACAAGGACACCUGCGCUACAGCCUACAGGGGUAUCGUCCAGUCUGAAGAAAAGCUUGUCAUCAGUGCAUCUUGGGCAAAAGACGAUGAUAUCAGCAGGCUCUUGAAAUCUCUACCAAACUGGAUGAAUAUGGCUCAGCCCAAACAGCUGAGGUCAAAGAGGGAAGAGGAAGAAGAUUUCAUAAGGGCAGCAUUUGGCAAGGAGUCAGAAGUUCUUAUUGGGAACCUGGGUGAUAAAUUAAUCCCUCCGCAAGACAUCCUCUGUGACGUCAGCUACCUCAAAGCCUUGGCCAACAUGCACGAGAGCUUAGAAUGGUUAGCAGGCCGAACAAAGUCAGCUUUCUCCAGUCUUUCUACAUCCCAGAAUCUGUCUCCUGCUCCAGAUAACCAUGUGAACGUUGAUCUCCCUCCAGUGUCAGAGCAGAUUAUGCAGACGCUGAGUGAACUUGCCAAGUCUUUCCAGGAUAUGGCUGACCGCUGCUUGCUGGUCCUACACCUGGAAGUCAGGGUUCACUGUUUCCACUAUCUCAUCCCUCUUGCGAAGGAGGGGAACUACGCCAUUGUCGCGAAUGUGGAAAGUAUGGACUAUGACUCGCUGGUGGUGAAGCUCAAUAAAGACAUCAGCGCCAUUGAAGAAGCCAUGAGUGCCAGCCUCCAGCAGCACAAGCUCCAGUACAUAUUUGAAGGCCUGGGACACCUGAUCUCCUGCAUCCUUAUUAAUGGGGCCCAGUACUUCCGGCGCAUCAAUGAGUCUGGCAUCAAGAAAAUGUGUAGGAACAUUUUUGUCCUGCAGCAGAAUUUGACCAACAUCACCAUGUCACGGGAGGCAGACCUGGAUGUUGCAAGGCAAUACUACGAGAUGCUAUACAACACGGCCGACGAGCUCCUGAAUCUGGUGGUGGACCAGGGUGUGAAGUACACGGAGCUGGAGUACAUUCACGCCCUGGCCUUGCUGCACCGCAGCCAGACGGGGGUGGGAGACCAGACCACCCAGAACAUGCGGCUGCAGCGGCUCAAGGAGAUCAUCUGCGAGCAGGCAGCCAUCAAGCAAGCCACCAAGGAUAAGAAAAUAACCACAGUGUGAACAGGGUGCACGGCGGGAAGCGGCCAGGGGGUGGGCCGCUUCUGUUUCCUCGGUCACAGCCCCUUCUUUGCUAUGUUAGUUGGUAUAUUCUGAGCUGACUUAGUUUUCUCCACACUGAUGCUUGGGUGGAAAGAAGGCGUAAGGCUUCUUUUCUCUUGCUUUUUGGCUUUUCUAUAAAUGCUAAAGGGACUUCACAGUACAGACUGUUGGGAUUGGACGUUUACUUUGAUGUGGUCAGUUCCAGAGGGUCUAGGGUGCGAUGGGGAGGAAGGUUGUAAGCAAUAAAAAUGAAUGCAUGAAUGGCUAACACCCAGCAAUCUUUGGUAAGUAGAUCGUUACCUGAGUUCUAGUCCCUUCCUAAAACUGCUCAGUGGGGUUCUAUUACAUAAGCAGUAGGAUUUUUAUUCUCUUGACCUUGUCAGUUUACAGUUCUACAAAAUUAAGUGUAUGUGCUCUGCUUUCUGUCUCUAUUACCAGCGGCUUCUCAGCUAGUUGUAGUUUUCAACCAGUUUUCCUAACCAAGCAGGACCUCUUUGCCCCUUCAGGUCUUGGGGGAUAAAGUCCUUUUAUAUCUCAAUCCUUGGCAGAGUUUUGUAUGCAGUAGCCUGGACCCAGGUGAUCUGUUGGUUUGAUGCCUUUUUGUUUUUAUUUCUGCUGUAUCAAAACCAAGCACCACAAAUUAAAGACAAAAACAGAAGAAUGAAAAGUGAUUCAACUCUUCUUGAUUUUUUUUUUUUCCUCCUCCACUCGCCAAGAGAAAAUGAUGGUUAGAGAACUUUUAAUCUCACUUGACACCUUGCCCUGGGUGUUAUUCUUUUUUUUUAAUAUAAAUUUAUUUAUUUUAAUUGGAGGCUAAUUACUUUACAAUAUUGUAUUGGUUUUGCCAUACAUUGACAUGAAUCUGCCAUGGGUGUACAUGUGUUCCCCGUCCUGAACCCAUUAGUUAUUCUUAAAUGCUCAGUCUCCAUGGGAGCCCCUAGGCCUUCCUCAUCUUAGAAGGUAGCUCCAGCUGCCAGCCAAGUGCAAGGAAGCUGGUACAGCCAUGACCUUCCUCCUCUGCACCCCCCAGCCAAGGCUGUUUCUGCAGUGCUCUCUUUCAGCCGGGGUGGGAGCCUGCUGCUCCCCGCACGCUUGCCUCCCCACUGUCCCCACGUCUCCAAGUGCUCUUGCCACCUAUGGCUGAUGUGUCACAGAAGAAAGCGAUGCACUGACUGGGACACAGCUGGAAAACACGUGGCAAAGAGAGCAGAAAGGACUUGGACUGCAUGAGGUCAGAAUUUUACACCUGUUUGUACAACUUAGGUCUUGGUGGGAAAAGCAGAAAAUUUAAAAAAAAAAAAAUGCUUCAAGAAGCUUAAA